AUGAAGCCUCGAUCACUGCCUGUACUGUCGCCUUGCUCGCUGCGAACAGUUCCUUCAUCAGCUCGGUUUCCUUUCCGUUUCUCCACAUCUUGCUCGAUUACUCCUUCGGCCAUUCGCACCUUCUCAGCUACUUCACAUGCCCAGAGUUGGCUGAUUCCGAAACGUGGCCAUACUCAGAAAAACCGAAAGGGGCGCUGCCGGGUCCCCACUGGCGGCUCAACCCGAGGCACAACAGUGGUAUGGGGCGACUACGGCUUGCGCAUGCGAGAUCAUGACCGAAGAAUAUCAUCUCAACAAUUGGCUAUUGGUGCAGAAGCCAUUAAGAAAAGAUUACGAGGGGAGAGAUAUCGUUUAUAUACCAGAGUAGCCGCGAAUACCGGAGUAUAUAGUAGUGGAAAUGAGAGCAGGAUGGGCAAGGGAAAAGGCAGUUUUGACUACUGGGCUGCAAGGGUCGCAGUAUCACAGAUCGUGUUCGAGAUCAGUGGAGAGCUCCAUGAGCAGGUGGUCAGAGAUGCAAUGAGGUUAGCAGGGAAUAAGUUGCCCGGACUGUAUGAAUUCGUGAAGAAGGGGGAUCCACCUGUCAUGGGCCUUACGAAAGUGGAAGCUGGGGUCACGCUGGACGAGAUGAAGAGACCCUGGAGGAGAUUACCAGCGGACAUAAAGGCAGGGAGAAUCUCAGCUUCAACGCCAGGGAGUUUGCCCGCUGCAACUCCAACUGCUGCCUAG